AUGCUGCGCGCCACGUUCGCCGCUUCCAUGGCUUUGGCAGCUUUUAGUGACAUCGCCCCGGUCCAAGCGGGAGGAACUCUACCGACCGAGGGGUACUGGCAUAUUAUCGAACAGCUACAAGUUGGUGAAUACUACAAACCCUCUGCGGCUAAAGGUUCAGGUGUGCCCAACACGACUGCUACGUUUCACCGCUCGCCAUGCCCAGCACUCAAUGCCCUUGCAAACCAAGGAUAUCUGCCUCGCAACGGACAGAACAUCGAGAAAGGCGCGUUGAAGGCUGCGAUCAUGAGCGUGUUCAACAUGGCCAACGACACGGCAACGACGCAAGUUGGCCAAGUCCCUGACGUCUUUUCACUCGACUUUUUAAGCACGCAUCACGCUCCCGAACAUGACGCGUCACUGGUGCACACGGACGCGUACUUUGGACAUGACCCGAUGGAGGUGAACAUGACACUGGCUGGCGAUGUGUUGAGUCGGGCUGACAGUAAUGGCAGGAUCAACACUACUGCGAUCGCCCAGGUUCGCAAGGAUCGUGCCACCUUGUGUGAGACCAUUAACCCAGAAUGUACAUUUGGGGAGAGCGAGAAGAAAAAAUCUUUCUUGCAGGCGGCACUGCUGCUGAAGGCGCUGGGUGAAGGUGACUUCAUUUCUGUUGAUCAUGCGAAAGCGUUCCUAAUCGACGAACGAAUUCCUAAGGACUUUGUGAAGUCCAAGGAGCCCGUUUCAGUCGCAAUGCUCGGGGCGAAGUCGGCAGAGCUUGUUGCUCUAGCUUCAUGA